CCCGCAGCUCCCACGCGCCUCUUCUUCGCAGUAGCAGCAGCGGCGGCAGCUGCCAGGCGCAAAUCUUCAGUCCAACGCCAGAGCGGCAGCGGCUCGCCUUCCUUCGUCCGAGGGUGCCCAGAGCUCCGUGCCCGCCGCCCCUGCAGGAGACCACCGAGGAGAGCGCCGCACUGCGCCUCACUGCUCCCCCAUCGCGCGACGCCCGAAGGUGCGAAGGUGGGCUAUGCCAGUGCCAGUGCCCGCACCAGUGCCAGCCAGCAGCGCCGUCUUCCCAGGCAAACGGCUCGCGGGGUCUUCUCGUCGCCCAUCCGCGCCGCCGCCGCCGCCCGAAAGUUUCGCCGCGCUGCGAGGAUGAACGCAACUUUCUUCAACCAGUCGUGGCUGGCGCCGGGAGCGUUCGGCGACGGGAGCCACGAGCUGGCCGGCUCUCUGGUGGACUGCUGCAACGGCACGUCGGCGGUGACCACGAGCGACGGCGGCCCCCCGGUCCUCGUCCCCGACGAGCGCAGCCUCUUCAUCACGCGCGUGGUGCAGAUCGCGGUGCUCUGCGUCCUGUCGCUCACCGUCAUGUUCGGCAUCUUCUUCCUGGGCUGCAACCUGAUGAUCAAGUCGGAGAGCAUGAUUAACUUCUUGGUCCGCGAGCGGCGGCCGUCCAAGGACGUGGAGGCGGUCAUCAUCGGACUGUACUAGCGGCCGGAGCCGGACAGCGGGGUCCACGAGCGGCGCUCCUCGCUACUGUCGCAUGUUGCAUGGCUUUGUGCCGGCGGACCUUGUCCUCUGAUGCUUCUCUCAGCAUGGCCAGUGCCCGUCCACAAGUGACCUCUCCCUCUCACUCGUCCUGUGAACUUUUUCUGGAUGCUGCUGCCGCCGCUGCAUGCGUUUUGUAAGAAGAAACUUGAAAGCCGAGCCGGCGUUUUCAGGAGUCCCCCCGACGUUUCGCUCCCUUGUGUGGUUUACACGUUUUUGGGAAACCGAAAUAAAGCCAUUGGAGUGCCAGC